AAUUACCUGAGAUCUCUUAGCCUCACACCAUAUAGCAAGUAACCACAUAUCUUUGUCCCCAAGCCUUGCUCUUUCAAAUUUGAUUACUUAACUUUCUGCCAUUGCUUUCUACAUCAUGAAACAAUGGGCAAGGAUGUAUGACACAUCACUAAUGACACACCAAUCUGUAGCCACACAUGCAGGCCCACAUGGACAGACUCUCACUGGAGGUAUCAAUUUCACGCUGGCAGGUAUUUUCCCCAAAGACUCAGGUUCCGAGUUCACACAUAAAAAGAUGAUGCCUUCAUCAGUCUCGCCUCCUCCAAGUCCAAAUAAAGCAGUCCCUCGACUAUCUCGAGGUGCGAUCCUAGUAGACGGAGGUACCAUACAGCUUGAACACCAUGAUCUUCCUUCAUGGACACCACUGGUUGUUUCAGAUAGCGAAGGUGGUAUGGAUGAGGUCCCUUUAGGUAUGGAGGACUCAAAAGGCCCACCUUCGAAUGCGAGAAAAAUGCUAUCGCAAAAAUGCAAAACAAGUCCAGACCAUAUCCCUCCGAUUGCAAUGCCCCAACGAGAAGUCCAGCAGGCAUCUUCGCAAAUUUCAGGCAUCUACUUUCCGGCAAAGGAUUCUCGCGGUUCCCAAAGUUUGCAGGAGAUACUACAAGCAACAUUCAGCGCGAAUGGUUCAUACAAUAUCUCGCCGCCAGUCGCACCUAUCGAUAGCGAGGGGAGCAGCGCCGACAUGCAAACAGUGAUUUAUAGCAAAAAACGCCGCCAGAUUCAGAACACUCGCAGAAGCACGAGUCAGGAAAGUUCAGAGGCUGUUGCAGCAGUCGGUGCUCCAAUAUCCAAAGUCACUACAGCGGUUCCGACCAUAGCUCGUCGAAAAGCUGCUCCCGCAAUUCCUUACGAAUCUAUGCAAAAGGUUAUUAAUGCUGCAUUGGACACUCGGGUAGUCACAAUCGCUUGGCGUCGUCGGUGUCAUGCCGCAAGGCACGGCACUGACGAAAAGUCGCAGGACAGGACUUCGAGGACGAAGUGCUUUCCUUUUGAAGACGCUAUUUUUGACUUCAAUGUUUCAACCUCCGUACAUCAGAGAGAUCACCACAGUAAAAUCAAGUCGGGGCUAGUUUCAGUCGAGGAUGAACAUCAUGCCUUGCCACGCAAAUUUACGCGGAUGCUGGACAGUGUUCAAGCUACCGCACUUCCGCAGCAAUCUAAAGGGGAUGGAUUCAACGAACGACUCGAUGCAUUGUUCGGACGCAGAGACAUACCUCACUCGCCUGACGGAUUAAUUUCUCGCGACACUGUAGAAUCGGCGUCUGUCUUCGGCGUGCCAGUGCGCGAGGUUGCAGCAAGCAAAGAACACAGCCCUGUGUCAUCCAAUGAUUCAAGAAUAUCCAUUGACACGUCGCUCUUGCAAAGCACCAAAGCCACAAGCAUUUCUGGGCGAAAAGAUGUCUCUCGAAAGAGAGCUUAUACGGAGAUCCACCUCGAGGAUGAACCUGUUCGAAAGAAGCAUGAAAUUGAGACCGCAGGAGACCAGGUGUCCAAAUGGAUUACGGCAUUACAACGACUUGUUAAAGGAAAGACAAAGAUUGGCCAUGAGGGCAUGGAGGAUUUGAGCACAAUCCUGGCUGAGAUAGAGUCUGUGUACCCGUACCUAGAUCCCAAACUUGCACGGGUCACUUGUCUUCAAGACAUCUUACAGCAGCUAGCGCAGUUGGAGGAUAUCCCAUUCGGAGACGAACAUGACCUUCGCCGUCGCACAGGUGGCAUUAUUGCAAAAUGGCCGAGAUUUAAAUCUUCACUGACAAAUUGAUGGGAAUAUUUCAAGUGGUUUUUGGUGCAUUGCGUACAUUACCUGGAGGCAAUCUUUUAUACCCAAGUACAGAACACAUACAAUGUUUGGUGGUAUUCAUGAAAUUUUGUUAGUAGC